AAAACCGUAAUUCUAAAGUAACGUGCUAAGUGUGCAGGUAUAUCGCCGGAACGUUGAACCUGAAGACCAAAACGAAGGACUUUAGUCUUUAGUCAUACGGUGUAGAACAUUUAAUGCUGUAGAAACGGUUCAGUUUGAAGUCAUGAGUACUCCAGAUGUGCCCCCUACCAGUGGUGGUAAUGCAGGUAAAAAGAAAGGUGGUGGGUUCCUGCACCGACAAGCGAAAGCAAAGAAGGCGACCAGCGCGAGUGCAGAGGUAUCAGAAGAAGAACUACUGCAAAAAGAUAUCGUCACACCAGAAGAUGUACUUAAGCUCACUAGUUGUACAGAAAAUUAUUUAUGUGAUCCAGAUGCUAACAUUUAUAAUAUAGACUUCACUAGGUUCAAAAUCAGAGACAUGGACACGUCAACAGUCCUCUUUGAGAUUGCAAAGCCACCUCCAUCAGAGGAGGAUGAGGAUGUAGAGCAAGACCCUGAUGACACUGAUCCUAAUGCUGGCAGGUUUGUGCGCUACCAGUUUACACCGCAAUUCCUUAAACUGAAGACUAUUGGAGCAACAGUUGAAUUUGUUGUGGGUGAUAAGCCAGUGAAAAACUUCCGCAUGAUAGAAAGGCACUACUUCAAAGACAGAUGCCUGAAGACGUUCGACUUUAACUUUGGUUUCUGCAUUCCUAACAGCAAGAAUACAUGCGAGCAUAUAUAUGAAUUUCCCAAGCUCACUCCAGAAGAAAUUCAGGAAAUGGUGGAUCGACCUUUUGACACCAAAUCAGACAGCUUCUACUUUGUUGACAACAAGCUUAUUAUGCACAACAAGGCUGAUUAUGCAUACAAUGGAGGCAUAGGAGCUAUGUGAUCAUCAGAUUAUGCAACUUGCAUAUCAACUGACCAGCUCAUCAGACAAGAAAGGACAUACCAUUUCUGUCUUGAUUCAACCAAACUGUUACACUAUUAAAUGUUCCAUGUAUUUUUUAAACUCUCUGGAGCAUUCUGUUUCUAACUAGAAAUGAUGAGUUGAUACAGUAGUGUGGCUUUUAGUGUAAAUCCUCUUCCUAGAUUGAUCAAGAAAUCAAUUUUUUGUGAUUUUGAUUAUUUGAUCAGCCAUUGUUCAUUAACACACUGAACAAUUAAAUCAUCAGCUUAGUGCUGAAAAGGUGCAUGCAAGGCAUACGCUAGGUGAGUAAAUUGAAAAAGAAACGGUUGUAGAUAUGAAUUAAUGUUUAUAUGAGGAUCUUUGCUUUAGGGACCUUAAUGGUAGGGCUCAUUAUCCACUUUAAAAAACAGUUUUUAAAAAUUUUUUUUCUUUAAAAUAUAAUGACAUAUGUCUGAAAAUAUAAUACAGUACAGUUUCAUUUUUGUCAAUAACUAAGGUUUACAAAGGUCAGAUAAAGAAAUGGAAGUAUAUGAACAUCACUUAGUAUAAAUAUCAGUGAAUGGGAAAGGCAUGAUGUCAGCCGCUUAACAAUUUGGACAGUAGUCUGACUUGGUCAAGGCAAUGGUGUUGAUCAAGAGUGGCAUUUUAUGGAGAAAACUAAUUUUUCUUCAAAGAAAAUAUGGUUAAAUGUUUACUCUAUGUAACUGAGGGUUUGGCCUUCACACUGACGUGACAACCUACUACAGUCAACUGAUGUUUGGAAACAACAUUAUUAAUGAAAUCAUCGUGAUCAGUCAUUGUUAACACUUUGAAGUCUUACAAAUCCUAGGUAGAUACUACUCAAUUAAUAUUGCACAGGUUGUGAAGUCAGGUAAAUCUCAUCAUUGGUACAUACAUACGUUACUAUCAUCAGUAUUUGUUUCCUAAUUAUAAUAAUGCCAGACAUACAUCAAAUUCCUGUUGGAAAUAUUUGUUACAUUUAGAAGUGUCAAAUUACUUUUUCCACCCUUUGUUUCAUGGAUGGGAUUGGUGUGAUUUUUACAUUUUAUGUUUUCUGUUAUUAAUUUUUGCAAGUCAGAAAAUCUUAAAUUUUGUUUCAACCAUGAAACUGGGAUGGAAAGUGCUCAGCUUUUUUCUUUUUGUAAUGUGUAUUGUGCUGUGGGUAUUGGCUGGAUUCAGUGGAACUAAAAGUGUAUUGACAAAUCGUCUGCAGGACGUAUUUGAUCACUUUAAAGUUUUCUCCAUAAAGCCUAUUUGGGUUUCAAUCGUAGAGCUAUAUAUAAAACUAGAGCAGUGACUCAUAUUCAAAAUGAUGCCUGCUUGGGCAUCUAUGUUUGUGCACAAACCAUGCCAAACUCAAAAUUUUGUACAACUUUUGUAUGACUUUGCAUAUCUGCAUCUGUAUUCUAAAACAAUGCAUCAACAAAGCCGAUAAGCGAAAAACCUAAACGCAUAAUCAGUAAAUGAGUGUUUCAGUUUGCGUAAGCAAUGCACAUGCAUGGGCAAUACCGAUUCGAUAUUCAUGCUGUCCAUUUUCAAAUGUUCUUCAAGCACACACAUUGAUUCAAAAGGUCUGCACCAAGGACAGCCUAAAAUUUUCUCUAUGUGGAGGAUGAGAAAUUAGUGCUUUAGUAAUUGAAUAUACAUGUAACUCUAUGGUUUCUAUAGAAGAGUUCCGUUCAUGUUGUUUUUUCAAAAAGCACUGGGCUCUAAUCUUGGGAUCUGGUCUGUUGAGUGUGAAUGUUGGACUUCUGUCUCAAACUCGCUUUAUGUACUGUAUUCAUAGCAGUUUUCAGGAUGUUUUUAUUGCAUACAUGUAAAACUAGAGUAUUGUUAGUUCAGAACCCAUGCACAAAUUGUGUUCUCCGUGGACUAUAAGAACAGUUUAACUUAACACUUUAGCCCCCAAAUAAAUGAAUUAAUACAACUAGAAAAUAAGAAGGUAUAUUAACCACUUGCCGCUUGGGUUUCCGGUACCGGACACGUAUUCUUUAUAUGCGUGGCCGGGGUCUCUGAAAUCGA